AUUCGAAAGUGGUGUAAUUAUCUGUAAUGAACCAUGUUUAAGUAGUAAUUUACUUUUAAUUUGUAAGUAUUUAGUGACAAUGGAUGAAAGUAAAAAUAAAAUUUCACUGAAAACUAUAAAACUCAUUGAGGGGGAAGAUGACAGAUUAUUUAAUUCAAAUCAAGAUGUACCUAGAACAUUCGAGGAAGCUAUUACUGCUACCGGAUUUGGAAAAUACAAUUAUAUUCUAUUAUUAAUUAUUCUUUUUCCAUGUACAGUUAUAAUGACAGAAACCGUAGGAGUUAACUAUAUAGUUCCUAUGGCUGAAUGCGAUUUAAAUCUUUCAUUAGAAGAUAAAGGCAUUUUGAAUGGUGCCAUAUUUAUAGGCAUGAUUACAAGUGGAUUGUUUUGGGGAUAUUUAUGUGAUGCUUUGGGUAGGAAAAAGAUCAUAGUCUACGGUUAUUUAUUUACCGGAUUAUUUUCACUAGUAGCAGCCCUAUCUGCUAGUAAGGAAGUAUUAAUUGUAUCCAAAUUUAUGUCCGGUUUAAUUUUGAAUGGGCCUUAUUCCGCUACGACAUCUCACAUUACAGAAUUUCAUUCUUCUAAAUACAGGGGAACCGUUCACAUGAUACGAGGAACAUUUUUUAGCGUCAUCAAUUUAUGUUUGCCUAUAAUGGCAUGGGGAAUUUUACCUAGACAGAUAAAUAUUUCCGUUUUCGGAUUGUUCGUUUUAAAGUCCUGGAACGUAUUUAUGUUAGUAUGCGCCGCCUUUCCAAUAAUUUCCGGAUUAUUAUAUAUGUUUCUACCAGAAAGUCCGAAAUUUCUGAUGACUAUGGGUAAAAAUAGAGAAGCACUAGCUGUUAUGCAAAGUGUAUACGCUGUAAAUAGUGGAAAAACCAAGGAAGAUUUUCCGGUUAAAACUUUGGUUAAAGAAGCGAACAUGAAUAUGUCGACAAGUCGGAUAGAAUUGGCAACAGCGUUAAGUAACGGAUGGUCUGAAAUGAAAACGAUACUAAAAAGGCCCCAUAUUACAAAUAUGAUGCUAGCUUCUUUUAACGCAUUUUCACUUGUUAUUAGUUUAAAUACUUACAAAUUCUGGCUUCCUAGUAUUUUCCAGGCUAUAAGUGAUUACCAGAAUAGUCAUAAUGGAACCAGCAGUAGUAUGUGCGUUAUGUUGGAAGAAUUAAAAGAAACAAAUGUUACAUCUACGCAAAGUUGUUCAGUGGAUCUGAAUAAUUUUUCAGUUUAUCUCAAUACUUUUAUAGUAGCAUCAGCUAGAGUUGUAGUUUUUCUUUGUGCCGGGACGUUAGUGAGAGUUGUAGGAUUAAAAAAAUUGAACAUUAUUUUAAUUUUUAUAUGCUCAUCGUCGUUGUUUUGCGUAUAUUUUGCUAGAAGUUCUCAAGUAGUCACUGCACUAACUGCUGUAGGGACAGCAAUCGGCAGUGUUCCUGAAAAUUUGCUGGUUACAAUCACUCUAGAAUUAUUUCCCACUUCUUUAAGAACAAUUGCUCUAUCAAUACAUUUGACGGCACAACGUACAGGAACGGUAGUAGGAAAUCUCUUUUUUCCUUAUUUGAUGCAAUUGGGAUGUUUACCUCCAUUUUUAUUUAUUGGAAUAUUUUCAGCAGCUUGUGGAAUAUUUUCUUUUUUAUAUGCUGACGUAGAAAAUAAGCCUUUGCGUUAAUGAAUUUCCAUCAACCGUUUUAUAUUAUGAUUGAAUAUAAAUAUAUAAUUGAUUUAGUCUUAAA